AUGGAUGAAAAUCGCAGUUCUCCCGCGGUCAAAAGCGAACUUCUAACUGGAGAAGAUGCUACAAUCAGCACACACCCACUUCUGAGUUUCGAUUAUGAACGUGAAAUUCAAAUUUUGGAAAGAGACAUACGACAGCAAAAAGAGUCGAGUGUAAAUGCUAAAACAGCAAUUACAUUUGAGCAGUUGAGAAAAAUCCAUAAUUUGGGAAAACUGCUUGGACCACAAAAGGAGAUCUUCUUUGACAGGAUAUGCAGAGCUGCAGACAUUCAGAGAGCCUCGUUGAAGAAUAGGCUGAAACAAAACAAAGAGAAGUUCGAACCACCUACAUUGACCUCUUAUCGAACCUAUCAAGACUCCAAUACACCUACCGAAGGAACUCCAUGUUUGAUCACACCACAAUGGCAACAGUUUGCUCAGUUCAAUUGCAGCAGUGAAGAACUUGACAAGAAAUUUGUAAGCAUACAUACUGAGAGAUACACAAAACAUGACUAUUUUCAACAACGGAAAUUACUGCACCUCAAGCUCUGUGUGCAAAUGUUUUAGGC